UAUCAAACCUUAACAUAUGUUAACUAAUUUUACGUUAUUAUAACAAUUUAAAAAUUAUUUAAUAAUAUUUGUAACAUAUAUAACAAAAGGAUGGAAUUAAAGUUGUUUCAUAUAGGAUUGUUACAGGUUAUUUUGCAACUGCAUUUUGGAACUGCCUCCAAUACAAUUCGACUGGUUGGUGGUUCAAACCAGUACAAUGGGCGUGUCGAGAUUUUACACGACGGGGCAUGGGGUACAGUCUGUGACGAUGAGUUUACCGACACAAAUGCCCUCGUUGUGUGCAAGAUGUUAAACUACCCUACAGCUGGCGCAAAGGCUAUAACAAAUCUCAUAGACCUCCCAAUUGCGCCAUCCCAGAUCUGGCUUGACCAAUUCAGGUGUACGGGAUGUGAGCAGAGCAUCGUAGAUUGUUUACAUCUCUUGCCAUGGGGCUCACAUGACUGUCUCCAUAACGAGGAUGUGGGUGUUGUGUGCUCCUCAACUGCCUCCAAUACUGAUAUAAGACUGAUUGGUGGGUCAAAUCAGUACAGUGGACGUGUUGAGAUAUUCCACAACGAUAUAUGGGGUACAGUCUGUAAUAAUGAGCUUGACGACACAAAUGCCGCCGUUGUGUGCAGGAUGCUGAACUUACCAACAGCGGGUGCCCGUGUUAUUACAAAUCUCAUAGGCUACCCAACUGCUCCAGUCCAGAUCUGGCUUGCCGAUGUCUCUUGUUCAGGAUGUGAGAAGAGCUUCGACGAUUGUUAUCAUUCCAAUUUAUUGGACUCACAUAACUGUUCUCAUAACGAGGAUGUCGGUGUCGUUUGCCCCUCUCUGUCUGCAGACGAGCCAACAAGCAUAGCUUCGACAGUAAGAACUGUUUCGAUAAUUACACCAACUAACAAUGAGAGCUCAAAUAUUGUUCUUCUUGUUAUUCCGACGGCCGUCAGUUGCAGUCUCGUGUUAUGUCUUCUUGUUGGCGGACUGGUUUAUUGCAAACGAACAGGUAUACACUGUUUUUUGCAUCGACAACAACAGGAAAAUAGAGAAAGUUGUCAACAAAAUUUGAGGAAUAAAUCACAAUCUGGAGAAUGUUCGCAGGUGCAAAACUCCACCAACAGUAAUAAAUGCAACGUCGGCGUUGAAGAAAAUGCAACUAUUGGUGUAAAUAAUGAAAUUGGAAUGCCUAUGGAAACUCCUCCUGACCAACUCGAAGAUACAAACGGAAAUGAAAUGGAUAGCAACGAUUCGGACAUCAGAAUUGUUACAAACUGUGCUCUUGAUGGUGCAGAGGGCGGUGAAAUAAUGAGCAAAGUUUAG